AGCUACCUGGCGGCCGCACGGGGCAGUGUUCGCCAGGGCCCGCGGCGGCGGUGAGGUUGGCCAGCGGCAGACAGCAGGCGCCAUGGACAGCCUUCUGGCCGAGAGAGCGCAGCAGCUGUUCCUGCUCGCGGACAAGGAGCGCAAGGGCUUCAUCGUCAAGAGGGACAUGCAGAUGAUGAAGAUGUGCGAAGACCUAGAGAACCAAAUGAAAGAGAAGGAAAAACUGUCAAGUAAGGGCGAGGAGAGGACGACGGACGCCUGCCGCAGGAUGUCUCAGGAGCUGCAGAGGCGCGACAAACUGCUGCUGGAGCUUCAGGACGACCACCGACAGAUGGCAGCACGCAUCCACGAGCUCAGCGCUGCCGUGGCGGCCUUGAAGCUGGAAAACGCGCAGCUGGCGGCGACCAAGCUGCAGCUGGAGCGCGAGCUGCGCGGCAGCUGCGACGAGGCUGCGCGGCUGCGGCGCUGCGCGGAGCUGGACCGCGCGGAGGCUGCGUGGGAGCGCCGGCGCUGCGUGUCGGCCGGCUUCCAGCUCGCGCGCUCCCUCCUCACGGAGCAGCAAGGCUUGAUGAGACAACUGCAGCUACUGCAGUCCAUUUCAGCGACGCUCGAGGCAGACGAAGGCCAACCCGCGGAGGUUGGGUACUUCGACACGCAGCCCUGCCUCCACUGCGCAGGCGUCGCGGAUGACGUGGCGUGCCUCGACUACGAGUACGACGAAGACUUCCACAAGAGAGGGUCCAGGGCUGACGGCUUCGAACGGGCGAAGGACUCGAGUCUGGCCGGCGAGGACACGGCGGCGCCCUGCCUGCAGGAGGAGCUGCAGUCCUGCUGCCCCGACAAGGCUGCCAACCUGCCCGAGGGGACGUGCUAGUCAGGCCUGCCACCGCACCGCGCGCCAGGCGUAUUGCAGCACCGUUUAGUAUUGUCAUCUGAAAUUUACAAACAACGCUGGUUACAAACCAUCCAUGAUGUUUGCUAAUUCACGGAGAUCUGCGUAAAUUAAAAGGCAGUGGGUACUUGGCGGGACCCGAGCGAUUUAUUUUCGCGGGGCCCUAAAAUAAUUUGGGGAGAGGCCUUAUCGGGAGGCCUGGGAGGUAUAGGAUAUCCAUCCUUCGGAAAAUAGGAAGAAUAAACAAUUUUAAACAACGUUUAUAAUCGGACCUUGAACUUAAAUUUUGGCUAAAGUUUUGGUAAUUUUUCUUUAGAAAUUCUGAUAUUCUUUCUUAUUAAAUUAUGCUAGAGUUAUUUUUUUAAAUGCUAAUAAUCGAAUUCCGGUGGAUUCGCGCCAUUACGUGCGACAGUAAAAUUGUUAAAAAUUUUUAUAGUAAGAAAUCAUGAAAUCUCAAUUGAAAUCGUAAAGGUUUUGGUCAGCACUUUGAAUUCUGUGCUGUUAACUAUUAAAUACUCAGUUUUUUCUCAUUAAUGACUGUAUUUUUCACAGAAAACUAGACACAAGGAAAGUGAAAGUGUAAAGGCCCAUCGUGAGGCCCUGCUAGUCGCUUAACUCUAGACGGUCGCCUGACAAGUUUACUUACUUUAUACAAAACAUUCUUUAGUAUACUCUAAAAACACUUGUCUUUUGAAGUCACUACACAUUGUAAUUUAUACGAUAGUGUAGUAAAUUGAGGUAUGAAAAAAUCUUGGCUUUUACGAGAUGUACUCUUCGCUGGAAAGAACGUUAAUUGACCAAGAGCGUAAAAAAGAAUUUCAUUUUGGGGAGGGGAGAAUAAAAGCUUUGUGCCUGCUACUUGCUUUCGAUAUUAUUUAUUUUUGUUGGUGAGAAUGAGAUAUUUUUUUUUAUGAUUUCUUAGCUUUCCGGGGAUCCUUCACCAAUCAGGCCCCUGAGUACACCCAUCACAUUGACUGUAACUUUUGACAAUGUGCAAACGCUUUAAAUAAGUGAAAAUAAGUUGAAAAAUUGGUAAAAUAUGUUCCAGUCAAAAAUGUUAAUUUCUAUAAUCUAGUCCACUUCCUCAAGCAAGGGUAUAACCAUUUGCAAACCGAAGGGAGGAGGGGAUAUUUUGGAUUUAGCCUCUGUCAUGGGGAAGGAGGUUUCAUGUUGCCAUACAAUAAUAAACAAAAACGGGAAGAAUAUAAUUUAAUUAUUUUAAAACAUUUUAAAACAUUAAAUUUUUGGUGAAGAUUAGUUAAAAAAAUUCUAACUAGAUCUCCUUGCUCUUUAUUUCCAUUCUGGAUGGAGGGGUAGUUAUCUCCCCCUCCUCAACCGCCCUUGCUAACUGGCUAACUUGAAAAGCCCUUGUCUACAAUCCACAGAAUGGGAUGAUUUUUCCAAUAAUUCCGCAGUCCAGAUUAUCAGUCUAGAAAACCAGUGAAUUACACUCAUUUACCAGUCAGAAAACCUACAGAUCUUAGUAUAUAACUUCACUUAUCGCAGUCGUUGAUUUACUGUCGGGAUCGACUUCUGAGAACCAUUUUUUCCAACUGCAGGAAGUUCAGCCUAUGUAUGUACAUCCUGUCUUACACCUCUCAUAUCUUACAAAAAAAAUUAAGACGUCUUUUUUUCACCGUCUCCUUUACUUAAAGAAAACACCUGGAACAUAUAACCUGAAACGCAAUACAUUUGCUCUUCAGGGUCUAGCAUUCAGUUCUCAAUAAAUGUAAAUAUUUGUACAGAACCGAUCAUAUUAAUAAACAUUUCCCUUCAUACACUUAUUCUCAUUUGAAAUUUUCUAGCUGCGGUUACCGAGAAACAUAUUUAGGAUUGAGAUCCACGUAUCGUUGACAGCGAGGCCAUCCGAGUCGCAGUGCGAAGCGACACGUCACAAGUGUAGGCCAGGGAACUGACAAUAGCUUACAGUGAGAGCCUCACGGCGUUGACCGGGACUGCAGUGAGUAAACCAUGGACGGCCGUCACUCAAAUGCUUUUCUACGUUUCAGUUAUUUUGGGAUACAUAUAGAAUGUUCUAACAUCAAACGACAAAAAAAAAAAAAGAAGAAGAAGAAGUGAAUGAGAUUUUAGUACGUUCCUCUUGAAUUGUGUAUAUUAAGUGUUGUUUAUCAUGUCACCAA